AUGGCUCCUCCCACCAUCGACAUCACCAUGGGCUGCUAUCCUGGCUGGCCUCUGGAUUUCAUUUUUUUUUUUUUACUGACUGGGCCAUUUUUUUCUUCCAGGGACCCAUAUGGUUGGACAACUGUCCACCAUGUCUCUUUCAAGGGUCAUCUCAUGCUGAUCAAGUUCCUGAUGCAAACCAGCCAGGUUGAGGUAAAUAGACAGGAUUUCUUCAACUGCACUCCCCUGCACCGCUCCUGCAGUGAAGGAGACCCUGAGACCACAGACUUUCUCCUCCAGACGGGGACAUCACAUUCAGUGAGGUCCUGCUCCGGCCAGACACCCCUUCACCUGGCUGCAGCCAGCGGACACCUGGGCACUGCCCGAAUUCUGCUCCAGCACUUGGCCUCACCGAACCCCCAGGACUUUCAUAAGUGGACACCCCUGCACUGGGCAGUUUUUGGAGGCUGGGGCGAUGUGACGGAGCUCCUGGUAGAUAAUGGAGCAGAUGUGGAGGGAGGAAAGGGGGUGGGCAUGAGCCCCCUACAGCUGGCAGUGUUGGUGGGGAAUGAGGCGGGCGUAAGCCAACGAGGUGCAGAUGCCAAUAUGAGGGGUCCUAACAGCCGCACAGCCAUGCACCUUUGUGCCUGCUCUGGAGACAAGAAGAUGAUUGACGGAAUAAUCCUCCAGCACCUGUUAGCAGGAGGGGCUAAGGUUGAUGUCAGGGAUGGAGAUGUGGCAUCUCUGCUGCAUCUGGCUGCCCGCAGUGGCUUCAGGGCUGUGGUGCACUUGUUGAUUCUGAAUGGAGCAGGACUUGAGGACAGGGACAACCUCAAAAUGACACCACUGCACUACUCAACACUCAGGGACAAUGUUGAGGCUGCCGAACUGUUGCUGCACUAUGGAGCAGAUGUGAAUGCUGUGGAGAGGCUCGGACAGACACCUUUGCACUUGGCCUCUGAGAGGGGUCACUGCAAGGUCCUUAAGGUUCUGCUAGACAACGGGGCUGAUCCCAGGAGCAGCUGGAGAGAUACAGCAGAGGACGUUGCAAGGGCACACAAUCAGCUAGAUGUAGUCCUGCUCCUUCAGCAACACCUGGCGGUCAGGAUGAGAGAUAAAGGUCAGGACAGUGUGGAGUAGGGCUGUCCACAUGGCUGAAAAACUAAAUUGGAAUUUUUAACUUAUAUAUUAUCAAAAUUUGAAUUAUAUUCGAAUUUAAAAUGCAUAAUUUCAGUUAGGGUAAAG